AUGGACGACGCUCACCAUUUCCUCCACCCUCCAGCGCCGCCGCCUCCUUCUUCAAUGAGGCUCCGUGCUACCUCGGAGGCGGCGGAUACGGCCAACGGCGGGUGCGGCGAGAUCGUGGAGGUGCAAGGAGGUCACAUUGUGCGGUCGACGGGAAGGAAAGACCGGCACAGCAAAGUCUGCACGGCCAAAGGGCCACGUGACCGGCGCGUGAGGCUCUCUGCCCACACGGCGAUUCAGUUCUACGACGUUCAGGACCGCCUCGGCUUCGACCGACCUAGCAAAGCCGUCGAUUGGCUUAUCAAAAAGGCCAAGACUUCCAUCGACGAGCUCGCUCAGCUUCCUCCCUGGAACCCGGCCGACGCAAUCCGCCUCGCCGCCGCUAACGCUAAACCCCGAAGAACCGUCGCUGCAAAAACCCGAAUUUCUCCGUCGCCGCCGCCGUCGGAACAGCAGCAGCAACAUCUUCAAUUCGGUGUUGGAUUCGACGGAGCAGAGCAUCCGAGCAACAAUGAUAACGAGUCGAGUUUUCUCCCGCCGUCAAUGGACUCAGAUUCGAUUGCUGACACUAUCAAGUCCUUUUUCCCGGUGGUUGGCUCUUCAACGGAAGCUCCUCCGAAUCACCUGAUGCACAACUAUCAUCACCAUCAUCAUCAUCAUCCGCCGGAUUUGCUUUCUCGAACCAACAGCCAAAGCCAAGAUCUCCGUCUCUCGCUGCAAUCCUUCCCGGAUGGUCCACAGUCGCUUCUCCACCAGCAGCAGCAGCAGCACAACCACCACCACAACCACCACUCCGCUUCCGCCUCCGUCGGCGAGCCUGUUCUGUUCUACGGGCAGAACAAUUCGCUAGGAUUCGACACAUCAAAUGGUUGGGAGCAGCAGCAGCAGUCAUCGGAAUUCGGAAGGAUUCAGAGACUGGUGGCUUGGAACAGCGGCGGAGUAAUCGAUUCAGGAAACGGCGGAGGAGGAGGAGGGUUUCUGUUCGCUCCUCCUCCUCAUCCUCAUCCUCCUCCGACGUCGUUUCAGCCAGUACUCGGCCAGAGCCAGCUUUAUUCUCAGAGGGGUCCCCUUCAGUCCAGUUACACGCCCUUGAUCCGUGCUUGGUUUGAUCCUCACCACCACCACCACCAUCAAUCCAUCUCCACCGACGACCAUCUUCCUCCUCCGCACGGUUUCAGGGCCACCAAGACGAGGAGCAGCACGACGGUCUCACCAACAAACCGUCCUCUGCUUCCUCACUUUCUCGCCAUUGAUAACAACAAUCCCAACAUUUCCUCUUAUUCCAGGGCUUGUCAAGCUUGCCUUGGCUUAGAUUGUUCGGAAAAGAGAAGGUGUUCUCGGUUUGUAUUCAAUGGCGUGAAGAAAGAAAAGUGCAAGAGAAGGAUGGAAGAGAAGAAGAAGAUCAACAAUGUGGUCUCUACAGUUUCAGGUUCUUCUUUCUUCUUCUUCUUUCAGUAUCCUGACCUUGCCGAUUAUACUUUGAGAAUAUUGCAGUUUCUUGCUCUUGUUGUGUUUGUAACUCCAUUGAAGUUCUAA